ACUGCAGGAAAAGCGCGUUUUUCCGGCGGAAAAUUACCGAAGGCUUUUAGUCCUUCGGUAGUGAUCGAUUACCGAAGGCUGUAGCCCGUCCGUAAUGGCAAGUGACAGUACCGAAGGAAUACGCCCUUCGGUAUAGGGUUCAAUUAGUUGAAAUUAGAAUUUGGUAUUUCAGUGUCCCAUUCUCCCAAAUUUAGUGUGUGAAAGCUUCUCCCCCCAAAAACCCCUCCACCCCCGUAAUCUUCCUCCGUCCUUCAACGGUGGCCGUCAUUUACGUCAUUCUCCUUAUUGUGAUUACACCUACUCCACAAUCGUUGUGUUCUCAUUCACCUAUCGUGGAAGGAAAUUGACCCUGAGAAAGCUGGUGAUUGAGGUGAGGGUUUACAUUAUCGCUGGAAGGGGUUUCGUGAUGGUGGUGUGACGGCUUGAGGAGGGUGCUAUGGCGGCCUGAGUAGGGUUUGGAGUAUCGCGACACCGCCAAUCGAAAGGGUGCGUGAUGAGACCGUUGUCGCUGCGUGAGGAGUUAGGUGUUCCGGGUAUGUUCGAUAUUCAGGGGGUUUCCUGUUUGGCUCAAGUAUGUUCCGGGUAUUGCUUUCAGAACAGACAAUGAACCUUUUAAGGCGGCAAUGCGAAAUUUUACUGAGAAGAUUGUGAACAUGAUGAAGGCGGAGAAAUUGUUCCAGACUCAGGGAGGUCCUAUAAUUAUGUCACAGGCAAGGGAGGUCCUAUAAUUAUGUCACAGAUAGAAAACGAAUUUGGACCAGUGGAGUGGGAAAUUGGUGCUCCUGGAAAAGCUUAUGCCCAAUGGACUGCUCAAAUGGCUGUGGGUUUAGAUACUGGUGUCCCCUGGAUUAUGUGCAAGCAAGAAGAUGCUCCGGAUCCUAUUGUAAGACCCUUUUGACAAUAUCUGUUUUUCUGCACAGUGAACCACUUGUAUCAAAUAUUAUGUGGAGGAAUCUGCUGAUACAGGAAAUUUAUCAAGUUUCUGUGUUGCUUAUACUUAAUUUCCAAGGUGUGAAAUUACUGGGUUUGAGGAAUGAACCCAAUCGCCCUGCAAUCAAAGUGAAGAACUCUAUGAUAUUCAAUGCUUUUGUUUUUUGUCAAUGGGCAGCUGAGCAUGAAAGGAGGCUGGACGUUGUACCAGUUUUUGGCUUGCAAGUUUUUGGUGCAGUUUUAGCACUGUUGGAGCAACCAAAGAUCUUAAAUGGAAUUGGAAAAGUGCUUCAUGAUGCCCUGUUUUCUUAUGUAGAAGUAGAAUUUAAAUGUUUUUUCUCUGUACUGAGGUGUAAGAACUUGUAGUGAUGUGACAACAAGUAUAUCUUAUGUAAAAGACUACAAAGAUAUUAUGCAAUAUUAUUUGAUUAUAUCUCCUUUUCAAUUGUC